AAUAAAAAUAAGUUGACAUCGCGGUGUUUAUAAAAUUGUGGGUCCGGAUUAUUUUCUAUAAAAAUCGUGCAAUUUUGUGUAUUUUUUAUAAAUUUAAUUGCUCAAUUCAAUUUUCAUUGAAAGCUAAAGAGUCUCCUCUUAAAUGUACGCAACGUAUUUCGUAUUUUAGAGAGAUUUCGGAGCGAAGACACCAUAAUGACCGUCGAUUCGGAAAUCGGCGCCGGAACCGGGCAAGCCAAAAUCCGAUGCUUUUUCGACGUUACUCUCGGUGGGCUACCCGCCGGUCGUAUCGUGUUCGAACUACAUCCGGAUAUUGCACCAAAAUCUUGCGAAAACUUCCGCGCCUUAUGUUCCGGGGAAAAGGGCAUUGGCCAGAAGACGGGAAAGCCGCUGCACUACAAGGGAAUAAUAUUUCAUAGAGUUGUGAAGGACUUUAUGAUUCAAUCGGGAGAUUUCUCGAAUGGUAAUGGAACUGGUGGUGAAUCGAUUUACGGAGGGACCUUUGAUGAUGAAGCUUUUACUUUAAAGCAUGACAAACCGUUUUUGCUUUCCAUGGCAAACCGUGGAAAGAAUACAAACGGUUCGCAGUUUUUCAUUACAACGCAACCUGCACCCCAUCUUGAUAACGUUCAUGUUGUCUUCGGACACGUCGUUUCCGGUCAUGAUUUAGUACGGCAGCUGGAACAGUUGCCGGUCGAUAGAAACUCUCGUCCGCUGCAGGAUGCCAUCGUUGCCAACUGUGGCGAGUUGGUGCGUCAGGUGAAAGAGAAGAAAGAAAAGAAGAAAAAGAAGUCUAAAUCGGGAACAAGUGAUGAUUCAGAAGCAGAAGGAUCAAAGAAACGAAAGAAGGAGAAAAAGAAAAAGAAGGACAAAAAAUCAAAGAGUGAAAAAGAAGAUAAAAAUGGAAGCAAUCUAGAAGAAGGGGAAUUGAAAGACGAUGCUGAGGCCCAUCCGAUGACAACGGUGACCAAGAUUGAUCCAAAUGAAAUACCCGAGGUAUCGAAUAAAUAUUUGAUGCGCGGUGAUGGUCGCAAGCGUCAAAACGAGGAUAAGAGCGAUGAUGACGAGGAUGAUGACAGGGGACGAGGCAGGAGACGAGAGCGAGAGCGGUCUCGCGAUCAGCGUGCAUUCGGUUGGUCCAAGAAGCGUGUACCUAUUUCAAAAAGUGGGCGUGCUAUCAAGGGUCGUGGCAAUUUUCGUUAUCGCACCCCAUCGCGGUCCCGAUCAAGAUCGCGAAGCUUCACUCCUAUUCACUGGAAGAUUGCGCAAAAGAGAACGAUAAAGAUGACGGAUCUGGAGAAAAUCGAGGAUGAAAAGCGUCAGCGGGAAGGGGAGAUCAAGCGUCGCGAAAACGAACGCAAAAAACGCCACGAGGAAAUGGCUAAGGAUUCCGCGAAGAAAUCCUUCUUCGAGUUGACACAGGAGAAGGAUCAGCCAGCGAAAAUCAGUGACAAUCGUAGCGAUGAUGGCAGUAACGAUGGGAAGAAAAGUGAAUCCGAAAAACCCAUCGAUAUGAAUGCACUGGAUUACGAACAUCAGGGUGCGUAUUCCGACGAUGACGCAACAAAGAAUCCACGCAAUGAGACGAUCGCUAGAGCUUUUGGGUUGGACACCAAAAAGACCAAGCAAGGUGAACUAGAAAGCAAUGAAAAAGUAAUCGAAAAUUCAAAUAAACCUGCAAGCAAUGAAGAUGAAUCUGACAAAAACCGUGAGUACAAGAAGGAUAAGAAAGAUCGAUCUCGCGAAAGAAAAAAAGAAGAUCGAAAGCGAGAUAGCUCUAGAAGUCGUUCGAGGGAUCGCGCUCGAGACGCAUCCAGAAGUCGCUCCAGAGAUAGACGUCGCUCAUAUAGAGAUCGUUCGCCAGUGCCAUUUCGCCGAGGGGGAGGGCGGCAAUUUGUAGGCCGUUGGAACCAAAGACGUGGAUUCUUUUCGCCUCGCGGACGUGGUGGCAGAUUCGAUCGUAAUCGACGUUCGCGAAGCUAUGAUCGCAGACGAUCCUCCGGUCGUAACCGGCGUGAUCGAUCACGCUCGCGAAGCUACGACCGUAGAAGCAGAUCCCGCUCAAAUUCCCGUCGCCGAGAUAGACGCCGUAGCAGCGAUUCUCGCUCACGAUCGCGCUCCAAGAAAUCCGAACGGAAUUCAUCCCCAGAGCCACAGCGUUUGAAAUCACCACAGUCCAAUGUUCCGCAGGUGAAACAAGAAACCAACGAAGAAGAAAAGGCUCGUUUGCAGAAGGAGAAAAUGCUGAAGCGCGCCGAAACUCUUCUUCUGCUGAAAAAUCAUAUGGAGAAGGAAAUCGAGGAGCAACGGAAGGCACGAGAGAAGCAAAAGCAAAAAGAGGAACAGGAAAAACUUGAAGCAGCACUGGAGAUAGCACAGCUGGAAAAACUGAAAAAGGAAACCAUUGAAAAACUGCAAGCGCACGACAGCAUGAAGCUGGUCGCAGCUCACAAAAUUCUGGAAACGGUAGUGUCCACGGUGAAGGCCAAAAGCUCCACUGGCACAAGCAAGAAGAAGCAACGGCGCAGGAGCACCUCAUCGAGUUCGUCAUCUUCUUCGUCCAGUGGCGAUAAAUCGCGCAAGAAGAAACGCGACAAGAAAAAGAAAUCACGCCGCCGUUCAUCGUCAUCAUCGGAUUAAUCGGGAAAUCAACGAGGCACCGUUUCUGUAAGUACAUACUGUGCGUAUUUGUGGUAGCAUUUCGAGAGUAUUGCUUUUUCCUAUGCCUAGCGUUUAUUUCAGACAUAGGAUAAUUACUAUCCUUACUAUUUGAUUCGAUUCAAUACAGUCUCUGCUGACCUUGUCUAUGGUGAA